AAUACAUAUUAUAACCAUAUCUUCUUCUUCGUUGGAAUGCUUCCAAAGGAGGUGAUGCCCAGAAUCGCCUGCACCUCCGAAGACCAAUAACGAGAGAGCGAGAGCGAGCGAGAGAUGGGAAGGGCUUUCGUAUAUGUAAUUCUCGGUGGAGGUGUAGCAGCUGGUUAUGCAGCCCUUGAAUUUACCAACAGAGGCGUUUCUCAUGGCGAACUUUGCAUAAUUUCCGAAGAAACAGUUGCACCUUAUGAGAGACCUGCUUUAAGUAAAGGGUAUUUACUUCCAGAAGCUCCAGCGCGCCUUCCAGCAUUCCACACGUGUGUCGGUGCUAAUGAGGAACGGUUGACACCAAAAUGGUACAAAGAACAUGGAAUUGAAUUAGUUCUUGGGACUCGAGUAAUAUCGGCUGAUGUUCGGCGCAGGACCUUGUUAACAGCAGCUGGAGAGACUAUUAGUUACAAGAUUCUCAUUGUUGCAACAGGUGCUCGGGCUUUGAAGCUCGAAGAAUUUGGAGUGAAUGGAUCGGAUGCCGAAAAUGUAUGUUAUCUACGAGACCUAAAUGAUGCAAAUAGGCUUGUUGAUGUGAUGCAUUCUUGUUCGGGGGGUAAUGCUGUCGUAAUUGGUGGUGGCUACAUAGGAAUGGAGUGUGCUGCAUCUUUAGUGAUUAACAAAAUUAAUGUGACAAUGGUUUUCCCUGAAGCACAGUGCAUGCCUCGUCUAUUUACACCCAAGAUUGCAAGCUUUUAUGAAGAUUAUUACAAGUCUAAAGGAGUGGAGUUUGUCAAAGGAACUGUCUUGUCAUCAUUUGAUAUUGACUCUAACGGAAAGGUGGUUGCUGUCAACCUAAGAGAUGGAAAACGUAUACCCGUAGACAUGGUUGUUGUUGGAAUAGGAAUCCGCCCAAACACGAGCCUCUUUGAAGGCCAACUGACCUUGGAAAAGGGUGGAAUCAAGGUAAAUGGAAAGAUGCAGUCGAGUAACAGCUCGGUCUAUGCAGUUGGAGAUGUAGCAGCAUUUCCAGUCAAGCUUUUCAGUGAGACUCGGAGACUUGAGCAUGUUGACUCAGCCAGAAAAUGUGCUAAACAUGCUGUUGCUGCCAUUAUGGAACCAGAAAAGACUGGAGACUUUGACUAUGUACCAUUUUUCUACUCCAGAAUAUUCGCACUCUCGUGGCAAUUUUACGGGGACAACGUCGGGGAGGUCGUACAUUACGGGGAUUUCUCAGGAAACACAUUUGGGGCUUAUUGGGUAAACAAAGGUCACCUAGUUGGAUCUUUUCUUGAAGGUGGAACAAAAGAGGAGUAUGCAGCUAUAGCCAUGGUCACUAGUCUGAAACCUGCCAUUGAAGAUUUGGCUGAGUUGGAAAGCCGGGGACUGAGUUAUGCUAUGGCAGUUAGUCGCGAACCGCCUCCAUCACAAGUCGCAAAUGUUAAUGUUUCUGGUCCUUCCCUUGUUCUCGAAAAGCCUGUGUAUCGAUGGCAUGCGACCGCUGGGGUUAUCCUUGCUGGAUCGAUUGCUGCAUUUGCAUAUUGGUACGGGAGGAGACGUCGCCGAUGGUGAGGAGAUUCGUUUACGGAGUUCAGCAAAGCAUCAAAAAUUGAAGUUUUGAUGAUGUACCAAUCAUGUACUUGGUAUCAUUAAUAACAGUAGGAAAUAUUGAAUGCUAAAAAAUCUAUAUUCAAUUAUAGAAUGCUAUAAAGUUCAUGAAUUACAGUUUAUUUCA